AUGGCUUUUCUUUCCUUUCCACUCGAAGUACUACAAAAAAUCGCAGCCUUUCUCGUAACAGCGCAUCGGCCUAGUCUCUACGCUUUUACCUUGACAAACAAGGCUUGCCAUGCGGCUGCAAUUUUUCUCGUCUUUCGGAAAAUCGUUAUCACGGUCGACGAUCGUAAAGAACUUCGUCGCGAUGUUGAUAGACUGAUUGAGACUCUCUCUCGUACAGAUUCCUUUCGGCACAUUCGACGCAUAACUAUCAAAGGAGCUUUAAGACCCAGCGCCAAGAGGACAGAAGGUUUUGGUCGACAAACGCCUUGGUGGCAUGAUAUUGGCCUUGCCGAGGUACUACUGGAUGAGGAAGUAGUCUAUUAUGACGACCUAUAUACGGUAUAUGAUGGGGGCGUUAUUGAAAAGUCUUCUGAGGAGGAUAUGGCGUGGGCGCCCGUUGUGAACUUGCUCCAAGCUAAAAUCCACCUGGAAGAUUUGGUCUAUGACUGCCAGAGCCAAUUUCCGCCAAGUCUUCUCAGAAUACUUCACGAGCAGCAUCCUCAAUGCAGGCUUCAUCACCUCACGUUCCGAUUCCAGACUCUAUUGUGGGGUAUUCCCUAUUCUUACGAGAUGGAGCUUGCUACAUCACCAUCUUUGCAUAGAGUAAAGGUUACUUGCGCUUUACGCGAUAGUCAUGGCGACGAUGAUUUCAACUUGGAGGCUAUGAUGGAGCUUACUUCUGGGCUUGCUCCCAAUUUGAAGGAGGUCAUUUUCUUAAAUCUCCUUCCAGGAAGCUCUUUAAAAUCAGUCCGUCCCCGAGGGUUGUGGCAAGGCCUUCCAGGCUUUACUGGUGGAAAGGUAGGAACCCUAACAUCACUGUCACUCAAGGGAUAUUCACGUUUGAAUUCCCCAAAAAUGCUACAGAAUUGGGCCAGAUAUACAGACUUUGCUUUUCUGGAGCACCUUACCCUCGGAGGUGGCUACAACACAGGUUGUUACGGCGCGAAGAUGUCUGGGCUCAGUGGCGAGACAAUGGAAUGGGUUUCCCAGAACCAUUUCUUUCCCCGAGUCAAAACACUCAAUGUUUAUCUUACCCGCGACGAUGAUUUUCACAAGAAACCGAACUACUGUGAGCACGCAGUUUCUUUUUUCCAUGUCUUCGAAGCCCUUGAGGAGCUAUCCAUCAAUGGGUCGAUGGACUCACCAAUCCUAGACACUGUUCUCUCCCAUCAUGGACAGACACUUAAAAAACUCAGCUUUCAUCCCUUUGAGAACUAUUUUGAAACCUCUGGUGGUCAUAAUCGACUGGAUAUGCCCUUAGAGUUCACCCAAGAUCGUGUUUUACAAAUUGAAGCUCAGUGUCCGAUACUAGAAGAGCUCACUGUUCCAGUCAAACGCAACAAGUCCAGUGCAUCCGAAGCCAGAAUAUACAGAUGCUUCGGUAGGAUGAAAAGCUUACGAUCUCUCUUUCUUAUCCUGGAUUGUUCGAAUCGGCGGGUUACUCGGAACAGUACAUAUAACCCCAAAUUCGAUGCAGAGGACCAAAAGCCUCUAGACAAUGGGUCACACCCCUUUUUGAAGAGGGGUGAACUGAAGGAGACCUUUAUUAAUUGCGCAGUAGACGAGUUGCUGGCUCGUUCAAUCUGGGGGACUAUUAACCAGAACAAAUCCGGUAGACGGCUGGAGCGGCUUAAGUUGUGGGCUACAGGAGCGGGCGAAUACGGCGUCAACAGAAGUCUGGGAUGCACCUUUAGUGCAAUGGUUCAGAGUCUGGCUCGAUCAUGGCUAUUUGAGCGCGUUCCACGAAACGAUGAAGAAGAAAGCUUCACUGUUCGAGAACUGGGGCAUGGAAAGAAGGCCAACGAUCAACAGAAUCAAAGCUAUUUGGCCUACCGCCAUGAUCCUGAGAUUUGGGAGGUACUCCGUUCUAUUUGGCCGGCUAAAGAAGGUAGCAGGGAUUGGCAAGAUGACUGGCUGAGCUUUCCUCUGCAGGUAGAGGAUUUUUCUUACUAA